CGCGCCUGCAGCUGCUCCGUUAUUCCUGUCCUGUCCUGUCCACGAGCGCCUCCGGAGCCGUGCGGUCCAGUCCACAGCGCAAGCCCGUCCGCCCUGACCCCGAGCGAGACCCACAGAACCCGCUGCUAGUUCUGCUGAGAAAACCCAGAAGGAACCAUGGAGGCCAUCAAGAAGAAGAUGCAGAUGCUGAAGCUGGAUAAGGAGAACGCCAUCGACCGCGCGGAGCAGGCUGAGGUGGACAAGAAGGGAGCAGAGGACAAGUGCAAGCAGCUGGAGGAGGAGCUGCUGGGCCUGCAGAAGAAGCUCAAAGGGGUUGAAGACGAGCUGGACAAAUACUCAGAGUCUUUGAAGGAUGCCCAGGAGAAGCUGGAGCAAGCCGAGAAAAAAGCAGCAGACGCUGAGGCUGAAGUGGCGUCCCUGAACAGGCGCAUCCAGCUGGUUGAGGAGGAACUGGACCGAGCCCAGGAGAGACUGGCCACCGCUCUGCAGAAGCUGGAGGAGGCGGAAAAAGCUGCCGAUGAAAGCGAGAGAGGGAUGAAGGUCAUUGAGAACAGAGCAACAAAAGAUGAGGAGAAGAUGGAGAUCCAGGAAAUGCAGCUGAAGGAGGCCAAACACAUCGCUGAGGAAGCCGACCGCAAAUAUGAGGAGGUCGCACGUAAACUGGUGAUUCUGGAGGGAGAUCUGGAGCGCUCAGAGGAGAGGGCAGAGGUGGCCGAGGCUAAAUCAGGUGACCUCGAGGAAGAAUUGAAAAAUGUCACCAACAACUUGAAGUCACUGGAAGCCCAGGCAGAAAAGUAUUCCCAAAAGGAGGACAAAUAUGAGGAGGAAAUUAAAGUUCUCACUGAAAAGUUAAAGGAGGCUGAGACCCGCGCAGAGUUUGCUGAACGAUCCGUGGCCAAGUUGGAAAAGACCAUUGAUGAUCUGGAAGAAAAUUUGGCUCAAGCCAAAGAAGAAAACCUGGAGAUGCAUCAGGUGUUAGACCAAACCCUGCUGGAGCUCAACAACCUGUAGAGACCACCAGGUGAAAACAGCCCUAAACUUAAGGAAGAGCCAGAAGAAAACAAUUAUCAAAGCGUCCAAAGUUGGGUUUUUUUAAGGGAGUUCUGCUUCUGUCAGCAUCUCUGUGACAGACGGUGGAGUUUUGAAUUGUCCUAUAGCAGAUGUUGCACAACUAACACAGUAACCUAAUACUGUAUUAUCCAGAAUGUCAUAACAUCACUGAUUCUGAUCCCCGAACCGGUCUGGCUGUUGUUAAAUAAAUCUAGAACACUAUUCCUGAGGAAAUGCGGAGUAUUUAGGGGGAAAGUUGACAAUUUCCAAAAUAAAUCUGAAGAAAUUCUUCAUUAGAUAUUAUUACUUUUAUUCUUUCUAGUGAUGACGUUCAGAAUAUUGAAGUUGUGAGAGCAGUUUCUGUAACCAAGACAAAAAAAUAAAUAAAUGUCAUCAGCU